AUGCUGUUGACUACAGAUCCCGCAGCAGAUCUGACGACAAUCACUACCUUCCCAGAGUCAUCAGAAGAGGACACUGAAUCGGUGAAGCUCAAAAAGAAGAAGAAAAAGAAGAGCAAAGAUAAGGACAGGGAUCGAGAGGGACGGCGAUCAGAGAAAAAUGGCUACUCUGAUGAAGGAGAAGAGGGAGGCGAAAGUAGAAAGGACGAGAAGAAAAAGCGCAAAAAGAGGCAUCAUCACAGCAAAUCAGGCGAUGAUACCGCUGUAGUUGGAGAGGGCGAAUCAGUUCUCCAGAACACUGAUGCCUCUGCAAGCUCGGCGACUUUCUUUCAGCCCUCUCUUUUGGAAUCGGCCUUUGGAACGUCCUCUCUGAGCGCCCCCGCAGAUGAAGGAGCAGGAGGAGCCUCAACUAGCGCUCCAGUUGCUGUUUCCACCACCACGACCGACUCAACUAUUGCGGCGGACAAUAACAGCGAGCACGCUGGAUCGUCGAUUGGAGAGCUUUCAGAAGGGAACUUUCAUCAGGAAGCGCCAUUGAUGGUCAAUUCAAACUUGCCAGCUCUGCCAGCUUCAACUGCUACUUCAGACAUGGACGUCGGCGAUAACCCAACAUUGCCAAUCACUUCAACUACCGCAAACAGUAUCGGCAUGCCGUCAUCAGCUCAGGAGCAACUGCAACAGCAGCAGCAGCAGCCAGCGAUGAACCCAGGUCCUAAGAAGGUGAAGAAGAUUCGAAAGCGUAAAACUGCUGCGGAAGCAACCUCCUCCUCCUCCACAUUGGUCUCAAACUCCACCACCGCCACCACCACUACCUCUCUGCCAGUGAUACCCAUCGAUACUACCGCCGCCGCAAAUGCCCCUCUCAGCAUUGUUCACAAUGAUCCCACCAUUGCUACGACCAGCACGACCACCAACCCACCAACUGAAAAUCCACUCCCGAUCUCACUUCUUCUGACGCCGCCGCCCAAACGAGUACGUAUUCGCCGCAAACGUGAUCCAAAUGCUCCGCCGGCCAAACGGGGCCGCCCCUUCGGUGCGAAGACGCACCCGUACAAGCUGAAGCGCAAUCAGCAGCUUAUCAAGCAGCUCCAGCAGCAACAGCAGCAGCAGAUUCAGCAACAGAUUUCUCCCUCUUCUUCUGCUGCUGCUGCUGCCGCCGUUCUUCUGCCACCCGAGUCAUUGGCUGCCCUCGCUGGAGCAGCUCAAACGCUACCAACAACUCUAGUGCCUCUUUCAGCUACGGCUACGGCUACGGCUACAGCAACAACACCGACGACGCCCUCUCCGCAAAAGCGAGGCCGAAAGCCGGUAAAGGUAAAGCUGGAGGAAAUCAGCCCGAAUCAGGCGAAUCAGUCCAUCGAGUCGACACAGUCGACACCGCCGCGCUCUUCAACUCGAAUUCGCAAAAACUCCGAGAUUAAAGAUCAGAUCAAGCAGGAAGAGCUAUCGGACGAAAAGAGCAGCCGAGAUGGAAAACGAAAGAGGCGAGGCAGAAAGGCUAACAAAGAGGCCUCGGCCACUGGCGCCGCCGUCGCCGCCGCUACCACUUCAAAGCCUGUUGAAGCAAUGGACACCGUUUCCGCCAUCAUUGACAGUGUAGCCACCCAGGCUACCACCGACUCCUUUUCACCACCACCACCACCACCACCGCCUCUGCUGCUGUCACCCACAGUGAAGCAGGCAAAGAAGAAGCCCGCAAAAGCCAAACAGUCUGGGCCAAUGAGCUUUGCCGAACUUGAGGCCAAAGUGGAACGUGUGCUGGCAGGAAAUGUUUCAGGAACUUACACCACCACCACCACCACUGCCACCUCUUCCGCUUCUUUGGCUUUUGACGACGUUAAACCCGUUGUCCCUUCAUCAUCAUCAUCCUCAGCAGUCAAACUGGAAGAGAAAUCUCUUGCCAAGAAGCGAGGUCGAAAGAGCAAAAAGGAGAUGCUGGAGAAGUCGCUGCAGGAACAAGGGAACAAAUCCACUUCUGCCUCCUUCCAGUCACCUGCUUCUAGCAAACAGCUGUCCCAGACGGACAGCGGCCCCCUGAGCAUCAGCAGUGUGCUGGCGAACAAUCGAGUUCCGCUGGCCAUCCAGCGAACUCGCUUCAUCGGCCCGGUGGUGCGCAUCGUCAAGCAGGGCACCGACGUGCAGGCCGUCCUUCAGGAGCUGGGCGCCUCCGGCUCGGGCUCGUCGCCGUCGAAGAAGUCGAAGAAGAGUANCGCCGCCGAAGAAGUCGAAAAAGAGUGCCGAGAAAGAGAAGAAGAAGACAAAGAGCGGCAAAAAGGGCUCCAAUCUAGGAGGCGGGUCGACUGUUGA